AGAGGUUAGUGCAGCGAUCGUAAUCUUCUCAGGAGAAUAGCACACUGAACGGCAAGAGUGCAAGGCGGCUACUGGUAUUAAAGCUGUAACGCAGCUUGUAUUUUUGUUUUUUAUGUUUAAAGAAAACACAAUGGUAAUCAUGGAUGAGCUUUGUGAGAUGGAUUGUAACGUUUUGAAAAGGUUGGUGAGGGAUGACAGCGGUAAAUGCUUGGUGCUGGAUUGCAGAUCGUUUCUGGCUCACAGCGCGGGUCACAUAAGAGGCUCGGUGAAUAUUCGCUGCAAUACUAUUGUGAGGAGAAGGGCUAAGGGCUCCGUAAGCCUGGAUCAGAUUCUUUCGGGGGACGAGGAGGUCCGAUCCAGGCUGAAAUCAGGACUUUACUCCGCAGUUAUUCUGUAUGAUGAAAGGACUUCGCAUAUGGACUCCAUAAAAGAAGACAGCACAAUUACACUAGUGCUCAACGCACUGUAUAGGGAUUCCUAUGGGACUGAAAUAUAUCUCCUUAAAGGUGGCUAUGAAAAGUUUUCAUCCGAUUACCCGGAAUUCUGCUUGAAAACGAAAAUACCAUCCGGAAUCUCAUCUCUGUCAAGCACAGAUGUAACAGAAACCAAUUGUACUUCCUGUGGGACCCCGCAUCAUGACCAGGGUGGUCCAGUAGAAAUCUUGCCCUUCCUCUAUUUGGGCAGUGCCUAUCAUGCUUCCAGAAAAGACAUGCUGGAUGCCUUGGGGAUAAAUGCCUUAUUAAACGUGUCUUCGAACUGUCCAAAUCACUUUGAAGGGUAUUACCAGUAUAAGUGCAUACCAGUGGAGGACAACCACAAAGCUGACAUUAGCUCCUGGUUUAUAGAGGCAAUUGAAUAUAUAGAUUCAAUAAAAGACUUUAAUGGGAGGGUGCUAGUCCACUGCCAGGCUGGCAUCUCGCGUUCCGCCACCAUCUGCCUCGCGUACCUGAUGAAGAAGAAGCUGCUGAAGCUGGAGGAGGCCUUCGAGUUCGUCAAGCAGCGGAGGAGCAUCAUCUCCCCCAACUUCAGCUUCAUGGGGCAGCUCCUGCAGUUUGAGUCGCAGGUCCUGGCCACAUCUUGUGCAGUGGAGGCUGCAAGCCCGUCUGCAGCGUGUGGCAAGUCCACCCCCACCUCGCAGUUCGUCUUCAGCUUCCCUGUCUCCGUGGCGGUCCACACGCAGCCUAGCAGUCUCACUUACCUACAGAGUCCCAUCACCACAUCCCCCAGAUGUUGAGGGGCUCGGAUCGGAGAAAGGGACACACAAAAAAUAAACUGAGCCUCCAAAGAUUUUGAAUGCUGGGCCUUAGGACUGCAGAAUGUUCAAAGUGUGAGACUUGCUUACUGACUGUGCUGGAGUUUUUAUAUGUGAGUCUUCAGUGAAGAGUCCUUCUGCAAGACGGUAGGCACAGGUUUGAAAGCGUAUCCUUGUCAGCCUGAGACUAUGUAGAACCAUUUUCAAUAGGGAUAUCAAGUAUGUAUAUGUACAUCAAUCUAUAUAUCAGUAUAGAUAGAUAAUACAUUGCAUAGCUCAUUCUGCUGUUACAAAUCCCUCAACAAAUUGGCAUUUUUUCUCUAUUUAACUAUGAAUAUGAGACAUAAGAUGGUUUAUUUUUUAUAUAAAGAAUCUCAUAAUCUAUAUAUAAUUUAUAGUUAUACAUAUUUUGUUGAACCCUUGUUUUCUCUAACAGAGGCAAGAUGCAACCUCUCUAAUACUAGCAAAAGCAACCAUCACAUGAUCUCUUGUUAAUGCGUCACCAUGGCUCCAGACACAUGCUUGCAUGCUUCCUGCUAUCGACAAUGCUGUAAUCCUACCAAAGAUCUACAGAUUCACAUUUGUAGUUGCAUAUACUCACUGAUGAGUUUAUGUCUGCGUGUCUCCUGAAGCUCCUGUGACGAUACAGUAUAUAUUUUUUCUUAAUCAUGGUGAACUGCAGCUUGCUUUAGAAGAGGUCUGAAUAAAGCUGACAAGCAUACUGCUUCUACCACUUAAACAGUUUUCCAACUUGUCACAUAAGCCUGAUCUGUCUUUUGCAAAUGGUUCUUCAGUUGUUUGUCAUAAAAUUACUCGGUUCUAUCAGUAUUUCACAUAGGAAAAACAAAUAGGUGCUGGUGUCAAACGGACACAACCAGAAGGGGCCAAAUAUUGAACAGAAUUGUUUCACAGAACCAAAAUAUGGUAUCAUGAAAGCCGAACAAUAUUUUAUGAACCAGGUUGUUCAUGGUAAAAAGUCACUUUGACACCAGUUCCCAAAAGCCUGCUGACUACAACAGACUGGUACUGCUUGCCUGAAAUGUCUGGCCUGUGUGAGAUGCUGUGUAGAUGUGUCAGUGUUUUCUUUUUCCAGUGCCUUGUUCUUGGAGAAGGUACACCCUGUUCCUGGAAGUUUUAAGGUUUUAUUCCACCUUCAGUGCUUUUGUUUUUGGGUGCAGCAAUAAUAGCGGUUUCUACUAGCAAGGCGCUCCUCUGCGCAAGAAGGCGUUUAAAACCUUCAGGGCUGCAAUACUGACUUUUAUGAAGUGCUGUAAAUCUAUUUUCCUUUCAGUACGUUGCUUUAGACUCAAAACCUCCCUAUCCCACCCGAGAGAGCAAGAGCAUUUUACUGUUUGUGUUUUCAGUCACACAAACAAUACUGGACUUUUUUUUGUUGGGGUUUUAUUUUUACCUCAUUUUUACCUCAGUUUGAGACUUGAAGACUUUUGUUUUUAGCCUUAUCAUGGUUUCAAUAGAGGCUGAUCAAGAUCUUUCCUGGCAUGCUUACAACUGGAAAGCCAACACCAGAACAUUAAGGCCAUAUUCACUAUUUAGACAACAGGAAGAGGCUUCUGUCUUGUUUGUAUGGAGCACAACCCCCAAACUUGAAGGCACAGUAUCCAUAAAUCAGAUGCCUCUUUAAAAAGCUACACAAUGAUACACAGAGUAUAAUAAGCAUGCCAUUUUUAAUAGGAGUGGCUGUACAUAACCUUCUUAAAAUGAAAAGGGCUGUUUGGAGCCGGUUCUGAAGAUACAAGAAUGCUAACAGAUCUCCAUUACUUCCAUAGAUAAGUACAGUCAUUUCACUAGAUAUGUGUAGGUUUAUGGAGUUACACCAUUUGGCUGUUAAUCUUGUUAAACAUCUUAGAUUUGCAAUACAAAUCCAACAAAGGUGUUUGUUGAAACAGUAAAUAUAAAUUUGGCUUUGGGAUAUUUAAAUGACAGAAGUAUGACACUGCUCAUAAAGCAAUGGUAGACAGGUAUAUCUGCUGUAUAUCAGUGAGCUAGAAUUUUAGACACUCAUCUGUAGCUGCAGCCACUAAUCCAAAUUAUUUAGUACUGUAUGUUGACUUGAAGUGAUAGGAUUCAGAAUGAUCUUUUAUGAUUUAUUUUACGUUUUUUUUGCCAAAAACUCCAAACUCUGCCAGUGUUCUUCCUUGCCUCCUGUGCCAGGAAAGGUUCCCCAGUCACACUUGUUAAACAUGUUAAAGGGUAUUUGUUGAGAAUGGUGGCACCUUUUUGUAGAGCACUUUUUAAGUGAUGCAAUACUGUAGUACAACUUAAGGAUAUUCUUAUGUUUAAUUUGCACAGUUAUUUGUUGAUGUUUUUAUUUAUGAACAGAUGGUAGCUGAUACCUUUUUUCAGUUCUUGUGUGUAAAAAUGAAAAGGUACUGAUAUAUGAUGUUAACAAUGCAAUACUUUUUACCUGUGUGUAGUCAAUGUUAUUGUCCAACUUCGUAAGGCAAUAUCAUUUGUAAUGAUAGAAUUUCAGACAUUCUUUUGCCCUUGUUUUGUCACAAGGUCUACUGUUUUUAUUUAUUUCUUGAAAUGCCAUUUCAAUAUAAAUUCAUUUUCAGAAA